ACAACAUUCCUUUCUGUCCAGAACCGCCUCCCCCUCCUCUCUGCCCGACUCACUAACCUGCAUGGGGGACUGUCUAUGUGUGGAGGUGACACGUAAACUCUGUCCGUAUCUCGGGCCACGCAGGAUUCUGGCAUUUUGGGGCAGGGAGAAAGGAGAAAACCGCCCCCUACCGAACCAAAAGUUAGCUUUUUAGAAGUAUGGAGGCGAGAGACGCUACGGCAGGUGCAUUUGUUAGCAGAAGUGGGAAAGAGCAAACAGCAAAGAAGGAUGGAGCUCCCAGAACAAAUACACCCCCAACUCAGAGCAGGAUGGAGCGGAUCUUUGGGUUCAAGGCAGAGGACCUGAGCUCCUGGCAGAACCUGGUGGUCCUCCUGAACAGACCCACUGAUCCUGCAUCUCUGGGCAUCUUCCGCUUUUUAUUUGGUUUGCUGAUGGCCAUUGAUGUGACACAGGAACGAGGUCUGAGCCACCUGGACUAUAAAUAUUUGGAUGGAGCCCCUGUGUGUCGCUUUCCUCUUUUCAACUUCUUGCAGCCACUUCCACUAGACUGGAUGUAUUUGCUGUAUCUAGUCAUGUUCCUCGGGGCAGUGGGGAUCAUGCUUGGCUGUUUCUACCGCCUUUCUUGCCUCCUGUUUAUCUCCACCUACUGGUACGUCUUCUUUUUGGAUAAAACGGCCUGGAACAAUCACUCGUACCUCUAUGGUCUCAUCGGAUUCCAGCUCACACUCAUGGACGGCAACCGAUACUGGUCAGUGGACGGGCUGCGAAGGCCGUCCAUAAGAAACGCUCACGUGCCUCUUUGGAAUUACACCCUUCUGAGGACACAGAUAUUUAUUGUGUAUUUUAUCGCUGGAAUCAAAAAGCUGGAUGCAGACUGGGUGGAGGGAUACUCGAUGUCAUACUUAGCACACCACUGGCUCUUUGAUCCAUUCAAAGUGAUUCUUCCUGUGGAGUUGGUCAGUCUGCUGAUCAUCCACGGAGGGGGUCUUGUUCUAGAUCUGACUGCUGGCUAUCUCCUCUUUUUUGACGCAACACGGCCUUACGCAUUUUUUUUCGUCUCGUACUUCCACUGUAUGAACUCUCAGCUCUUCAGCAUCGGGAUGUUCUCCUACACCAUGCUGGCCACCAGCCCUCUCUUCUGCUACCCCGAUUGGCCGAGAAGAUUCUUCGCUGGCUUCCCAUCGUUUCUCAGUUCCGUCCUGCCCCUGACCUCAGCAGAGUCUCAGCCCAGCACCUCCUGUGUUUACAAGGAGGUCCAAAGCGCUGAAGGGCAGGAGACUCCAACUGCUGCCAAAGCCUUCAAACUGAGACUCAAGCACAAGUUGGCAGCCAUUUUCACUAUUGUCUACAUCGCUGAACAGUUUUUCCUGCCUUACUCCCACUUCAUCACAAAGGGUUACAACAACUGGACCAACGGCUUGUAUGGAUACUCAUGGGACAUGAUGGUUCACUCCCGCACCCAUCAGCACGUGAAGAUCACCUACAGGGAUGGAAACACGGGUGAAAUUGGAUAUCUGAACCCAGGGGUUUUCACUCAGAGUCGACGCUGGAAAGAUCAUGGAGACAUGCUGAAGCAGUACGCUACAUGUUUGAAUGAGUUACUGCCGCGCUACAACAUCUCUGAUCCAGAAAUCUAUUUUGACAUCUGGGUGUCGAUCAACGAGCGCUUUCAACAAAGGAUCUUUGAUCCUCGUGUGGACGUCGUAAAGGCCGAUUGGUCACCUUUCCGGCCAAAUCCGUGGCUCAUGCCUCUGUUGGUGGACCUGUCACCCUGGAGGACCAAAUUCCAGGAGAUCGAGAGCAGUUUGGACAACCAAACAGAGAUAGUUUUCAUUGCGGAUUUCCCAGGUCUCCACCUGGAAAACUUUGUGAGUGAAGACCUGGGCAACACCAGCAUCCACAUGCUACAAGGGAAAGUGAUUGUUGAGGUUGUGGAGGAGAAAAAGAACUACACCUUGCAGCCGAAUGAGCAGAUAAAUGUUCCUGCUGGAGCUUACCACAAAGUCUACACGGUGUCCGAGGAGCCGUCCUGUUACAUGUACGUCUACGUCAACACCACUGAGGCGGCGCUGCAGGACAAUUUCACCAAGCUGUUUGAAAUCCAAGAGCGCAUCCGCAACGGAACAGAAACGGAGCCUCUUCCUCCUGAGCUGCAGCCUCUGUUGGUCGCGGACUCUGAAGACGCAGAGGUCAACGCCACUGACCCGAUCGUGCAGCUCUUCCUGAAGAGGCAGCGCCGCAUGAAGGAGGUGAAAAAGCGCAGAGAGGCUGGGCUGCUCGAGCGGCUGGAACGCUUUGCUGUUAAAAAGUACUACACGAUUCGAAGGGGAUUCCUUAUGAUGGCCAUCGCCGUGCGAAACCUCGCCGUGGGCCUGCCUCCUCUGGACCAGCUCAGAAGAGAAGUUGCCUUUGCAAAUAUGAAAGGACCUCAGGAAGAAGCCAAUCAGAAUGAUCCGCUCAAGGAUGAAGUUGGUCAUGGGGAGCUUUGAAGUUUUAGAGUCAGCCAUUACAAAAUGGCGAGCAGACAGCAGAUGGCGAGUCACACAACCAGUCAGUUGGGACAAGAGGGUUCUCAAUUUCAGUUUUGUAAAUCCUCAAAGACUUUUUUGCUUCACGUUUGAAUCAGAAAAUCCUGCAGAAGACUGUUACAGAACUGAAUUCCAAACCUGCAGUUUCAAGACACGAGGAUCCAUUAAAGCAAAGAUGAGAAUUCAGAAAAUAACACGAGAGAGAGAUGGUUUUUCACAACGUGGAACGACUCAAACAACCUUACGCCAAACAGGUGUACUGGAUUUUUUAAAAUAGUUUUUUUUAUUUCAUUUAAAUGACAUUUAAAUCAGCUCCCCUGUCAGCAGCCGUUUUUCUAAUAAUGUCAAAUAAUUUAAUAAAAAGUUGCAACUUUUGAGUUGGACAA